UGAAAAAGAUAUUGAUGAAGUUUUACAAACCCACACCAUAUUCACUAAUGUAUCCAAAGGCCAAGUUGCAAAGAAGGAAGAUCUCCAACGAGCAUUUUCUACUGAAGAUUCCACAGAAAUUUGCAUUAAGAUUCUUGCUAAAGGGGAAUUACAAGUAUCAGAAAAAGAGCGCCAUCAGCAGCUAGAGUCGAUGUUUCGAGAUAUUGCAACAAUUGUCGCUGAUAAGUGUAUCAAUCCAGAAACAAAGCGACCAUACACUGUUGGCAUUAUAGAGAGGGCAAUGAAAGACGUGCAUUUUGCAGUCAAACCUACAAGAAAUGCCAAGCAACAGGCUUUGGAGGUCAUUAAAAAACUGAAAGAGACCGAAAACUUUGAAAUAGCAAGAGCUCAAAUGAGGUUACGGAUUAGUAUUCCAAGCAGAGAAGCAAAGAAAAUCAAAGAAAGAUUAACACCAAUGAUAUCAACUGUGGAAUCUGAAGAGUUUGAAGAAGAAUUGGAAUUGGUAUGUCUGGUUGAUCCUGGUUGCUACAAAGAUAUUGAAGAGCUGGUGAGGUCAGGGACAAAGGGCAAAGGUCGUGUUGAAGUACUCAGUUUAAAAGACGUGGAGGAAGGAGAUGAACGCAUUGAAUAGUCUAUGUCAGUAUACUGUAAUAUUAAGAUAAAGAUUUAAAUAGCAACAUUAAGUUCCAAAUUUUUGAUUGCAAAUUUACUUCAAUAAUAAGAAUUUGGAGAAUGAAAAAUAACCCUAAAACAUAUGCUUAUCAUCGAAAACCAGUGAGCAUGACAUUACAAUUGAACGCAAGUCAGAGGCAGACAUUUCUAAUAUCAAUACUCUAGUCUGUAAUAUUAGUUUCAGUCUAUCAAAUUAUAUUUGACAAAAACGUGACAUGCCAAAAAUAUGGUCAUGACUUCACAUCGUGAUUAUAGACAUGCAACAGUUUUUGGUCAAAGAAAAUUAGAUAGUGUGGACAAAGCUUUAGAAUUAUAGGAUACUGUAUAUUGUUGGAAUUGUGUCCACUGGCAAUGAACACAAUAUGAUUAAAACUGCUGUGAUAAGAUAUAAAAUAGGUAGAUGUCAGGACAGUUAUGUAUGUCAGUAUUGACGCCAUUUUAAGCUGAUUGGUCGCUCGCACCACAAACUAACACAAUCAAAAUAGAUUGUGUUAGUUUGUGAAAUCACAGUAGCACGUCGAAAUGAGCGUGUAUUGGUUGUCAAGCAAUUUUGUAUUCUUUACCACACAAAAAGUCCUUAACAACAGCGUGUAUUUUGAUGCGCUUUUUUGAUUUCACAAACUAACACAAUCUACGAAUUAUGGAUAUUUUUCUUAAAAGUAUAUAAUUUGUUUAAAAUUAUUUCUUUAUCCAGCAUUACUUGGCUAAUGAAAAGCAUUUUUAUCCUCCAGUAACCAGGUAGAAUCUAUCUACAGCAUACUCUUUGUGUAACAAGAGUGAGCUAUGCAAAUUUUAACAUGCAUUAUUAAACAAAUCAAUAAAGUGUUGUCAUUUGUUCAAAAUCUGA